AUGUGCCGCAUCGACCGCAACGGGUGCAACCAUGUCUUCCACCCGAUCACCCUGUGCGUGGUGCUGAUGUGCCUGCCCAUUGCUCUCGGUGUACUGUUUGGAAGUGUGCUGCCCAAUGCCCGCGAACUAGCGUCGUACGUGGAGACGACGUGCGAGUAUCGCAACACCACAGCGACGAGCUACGGCUGCUGCACCAUCGAGAACUGCAUCUGCGCCGAGUGCACGGCAGGAACCGCUACCUGCAGCGCCAUGCAGUCGGCGCUCACCGCUGGCGAGUGCUGCAACGGGCCGCACUGCUGCCGGACCGAGUGCGAGACGUGCUGCACUGAUGAGGCAUACAGCGAGAGAUACAGCUGCCGCUGCCGGGGAUCGACGUCCUCGCGCCGAUGCGAUACCUGCUACCGCACCCGCUACCGCCGGGUCUGCCACACCUGCAAUUGCCGCUGCGCGCAAGAGGUCACCAAUCGCCACUGCCAAUCGGUGUGCGGACUGUGCUACAACCUCGCGACAACGUUAAUUGUCCACAUCAAGCGCGUGGCGAGUGGUGCGGUCUGCUGCCGCGAGUCGCCGCGCUUCCUCACCAGCAGAUGCGAGCGCGAUCGCACCGACUGCCGGGACUCAUGGCUUCGGUUCAAGGCCGACGGUGUGUCCCAGAAGUGCUGGUACCACGAGCGCAAUCCCGACGGCACGCUUCGCUGGGACCGACCAAAGCGCAACGUCGCCGCUGUCUUCUUCACUGUCCUCUUCUUCGUGCCCAUCGUGGCCUGGGUCUUGGCCACAGCGGUCUUUGUCGGCGUUGUUGCCAUGGACAGUUGCUGCCCGAGUACGUUUACGGCGCAUCCGGCCCUCUCAGCAUCAGAGCCGCGACACGUCGCGCCUGCGCUGCCAACCACGUCGCGUCUCGCCACCCGCUACCCCAGCUCGCACUCGGGAUCGAGCUCGUUGACCGAUGACAGCGGGCGCGGCGGCAGCAAGCCAAACAAGCCAGGCCGCCGGCAGGACCCGUCUCCGCCGUUUGCCCCUGGCCGGCGUAACAUGCCCACGCCAUCGGCUCCGCCGCCUGCCUAUGACGAUGUUGCCUGGUAA